AUGCCUAUUCUAAAUUAUUUACCCGUGGACGUCACCGGAGCCACUAAAAUUCUCCAAGCAGGGCUGGAGGGCGGAAAGCUCGCCAAUCCUGUUCUAGCCGCAUGUGUGGUCGUGGGCGCUAGUGGUGCUGUGGUUUUCGCUGCUCCCGGCCUCGCAACGGCUCCAGUUUUAUCGAGUAUGGGAUUCACAACAGGCGGAAUCCACGCAGGUUCAGCAGCAGCAGUCGCUCAUGGUUUGGUCGGAAAUAUUGCAGCUGGGAGUGCGAUGGCCAUAGGACAGAGCGCUGGUGCAGGAGGAAGUGGCCUUGUGAUUGUCAAUGGAGCUGCACAAUUGGGGGGUGCUGCGAUGACGGUGGGAAGUGCUAGUUUAGCGUGGAUCAAAGCCAAACUAUGA